AUGCAUAAGAAUGAUGCUCACGACUGUGGAGCCUGCGAUCGUCCGAACUCCGCCGAUGUUGGAAUGGUAGCGUGCGACGCGUGCUGUGUAUGGUAUCAUUACUCAUGCGCGAGAGUGUCUCCAGGAGUAGAAAACCGUGAAUGGAGAUGCAGUCCGUGUCUCUCCGUAGCCGAUACUGCGACGAAGAAGCCUGCGAAAAGUUCAAUGACCUCCUUAAACGUCCCUGACGCUGUCCUGAAUGAAAGUUCGAGAGCCCUUGGUGCUGUUCCUAAGAAGAAUAAGGAGAAAAACCCGAGUGCCCGCAGUGUGGCGCCAAGCGAGAAGUCGAGAAGAAGUAAUGUUACCCCGAAAAAGAAUCCGGAGGUGCCUGCUGUAACGGCUCCAACCCACGGCGAAAAGAAAUCUACUAAAUCCUGCAGUGCCACUGCGAGGGGUCGAGCACAGCUAGCAUUACAACGUUUGGAAAACGAGCGAUUACUGGAAGAGCUGAAGUUGCAGGGAGAACGAGAACGGUUGAAGGAAGAACGAAUCCGACUAGAAAAGGAGAAGCAGCUCAAAGAGCAAGAGCACGCGAUUAAGGCCAAAGAGCUUGCGAUGCGAGAAAAAUAUCUGCGAGAAAAACUCCAGUUGGAAGAACAAAUAGCCGAUGACGACGACCGGAGUGAAUCGAAUGCGUCCGGUGGCAUCGAUAGAACUAAAGAAUGGGUAGAAAGUCAGCGACAUCAGAAUGAGUGCGACGUGGGUGAAAAUGGAUCAAAACCUGCGGUCCAGAAUCAAGAGAAUGUUCAUAAAGACAUUCAGAGUAUAUUGUGUCCAAGCUUGCCUAAAGGUUUACAUGGUGCGGGACUCAGUGCCAAUCAAUUAGCGGCAAGGCAAAUUUGGCCUAAAAAUCUUCCCACGUUUUCCGGUGACCCAGAAGAGUGGCCGAUAUUCGUCCACAGUUACGAGACUGCCAACACCGCUUGCGGGUUCACUGAUGUGGAGAAUAUUAUUCGACUUCGAGAGUGCCUCAGAGGCCCUGCGCGAGACGCUGUUGCCACGAAACUUAUGUUUCCGCAAAGCGUAAAUGCAAUCAUAAGUACAUUGAAACGAUUAUAUGGCAGACCGGAGAUACUAGUCAAAAACCUGCUCGACAAGGUUCGUCGAGUGGAAGCACCAAAAUCGGAACGACUAGAAACUUUAAUCAAUUUCGGUUUGACGGUGGGACAGCUUUGCGACCACCUGGAAGCCGCGAACCUCCAGGGGCAUCUGUCCAAUCCAACACUACUUGGCGAGUUGGUGGAGAAACUGCCCGCGUCUAUCAAACUUGAGUGGGCUAGGUUUAAGCGACUUCAUGCUGAUCCUACGCUGAAACACUUUGGCUCGUUUAUGGAGGGGUUGGUGAAUGAUGCUAGCGAAGUUUCAUCCCCGGUUUAUUUGAAGACGACCACUGCAAAGGGGGAUAAAGAUAAACCUCGAGAAAAGGGACAUAUUUAUACUCACGAAGAAGUAUCAGAGGUGCAGAUCCAAAACGAAAAACGUCAGCCAUGCCCUAUAUGCGAGAAAACUGACCACCGGGUGCGCAACUGCCAGCGUUUCCAGCAAAUGGAUGUGGCAGCCCGAUGGGAAGCCGUCAAACGUUGGAACCUUUGCGAAGUGUGCCUUUAUGACCACGGUCAAUGGAGAUGUCGGUCCAGAUUUCGAUGCAAUGUUCCUAAUUGUAGAGUCCGCCACCAUACGUUGCUUCAUGGCCCAGGAGCAGAACAACCACGAGACCAUCAGCAACACGUGCAAGCUUCGGAGUGUAACGCUCACGAACAGACGCCAAGAUCAGUGCUUUUUAGGAUUAUUCCUGUAACAUUGUUCGGUGAAAACCGCAAAUGCGAAACUUUCGCAUUCUUAGAUGAAGGUUCCUCUUUGACACUAAUCGAAGAAAAUUUAGCCUCUCAAAUUGGAAUAAGAGGCGUUCCGGAGCCAUUGGAACUAAAGUGGACAUCGAGCGUGAUGAGGAAAGAGAAUUUCUCAGAGCGAGUGAACUUCGAAAUUGCCGGUAGAGGUAUGCCGCAACGAUACAAGUUGAAAAACGCUCAUACUAUAAGGGAACUUAACUUACCGAAGCAGAGCUUACCAAUCGAGGAACUGUCUCGGCGGUUUACACAUCUUCAAAAUCUUCCAAUUUCGUCUUAUAAUGAGGCCGUACCGAAAAUCCUGCUCGGAUUAGACAACCUAAAUCUCUUCACACCUUUAGACCGCUGUGUUGGUGGACCAGGAGAACCCAUCGCUGUUAAAUCAUUAUUAGGGUGGUCUGUUUACGGGCCAGAUGGAAGUGAACGCACGAAGCACGUGGUUGUGAAUGUUCACGACUGUGCUUGCGGAGCCGAUAGAGAAUUAAACGAGUUGGUCCGACAGCAGUUUGUCUUAGAAGAUAUAGCAAUUGGGGCAACGAUGCAGCACGAGUCAGUCGAUGAGAAGCGUGCUCGUGAAAUUUUGGAAAGCACUACCAGAUUUGUAGACGGAAAAUAUGAAACCGCUCUCCUGUUUAAGCGCGAUGACGUGCAACUACCAAACAGUUUUCCCAUGGCGAUGAAGCGGUUGAAAAGCUUCGAGAAUCAGCUCGCGAAAGACAGCAACCUGAGAGACAGCGUCAACCAGCAGAUUAUCGAUUAUACGCGAAAGGGGUACAUUCACAAAGCAACUAAAGAGGAGCUAGCGGAAAUAAGCGGAAGGACAGCUUGGUACCUUCCAUUGGGCUUAGUGACGCACCCGAAAAAGCAGAAAAAGCGGCUAGUUUGGGAUGGCAAGGCUGAGGUGGAGGGGAUUUCGCUCAACUCACAACUUUUGAAAGGCCCCGACUUACUAGUUGCACUUCCAUCAGUUAUAUGCAAGUUUCGAGAAAAACGUGUAGGAUUCGGAGGCGACAUCCGAGAGAUGUUCUUACAAUUGCGGAUGCGAAAGUCUGACAAAUAUUUUCAAUGUUUCCUCUUUCGGUUUGAUACUCGCCACCCUCCAGAAAUCUAUAUCGCUGACGUCGUGAUGUUCGGAGCCGCAUGUUCACCUUGUGUAGCGCAGCAUGUAUUGAGAGUAAACGCAGAUAAGUGGGCGCACGAAUUUCCUUCGGCCGCAGCAGCGAUCAUAGAAAAAACUUAUAUGGAUGACUAUUACGACAGCGCCGAUAGCCCCGCUGAAGCAUCCGAGCUGGCCAUACAAGUGAGAACGAUUCACGCUCGUGGGGGGUUUGAAAUGAGGAACUGGGUAAGCAAUAGCCUCGAAGUUGUGGAAACGCUUGGUGAAGGUAAUGUCUUCAAGGAACCGCGUGUUCUGCAGUCAUCUCCGGAGGAUAGAUGGGAACGUGUCUUAGGAAUGCUAUGGCACCCAGAAUCGGAUAAUUUAAUGUUCUCUAUGGAAUUAGGAAAUCAGCUUCAACCGUAUGUAUCUGGGGGCCAACGUCCGACAAAGCGUAUCGCCCUGAAGAUUAUUAUGAGCCUUUUUGACCCUCUCGGGUUGCUGGCGCCGUACCUUAUUCAUGGCCGGACGUUAAUACAGGAUGUUUGGAGAAGUGGAGUGCAGUGGGAUGAAGAAAUGAGAGACGAAGAGAGCGAAAAAUGGAAUCGCUGGGUGAAACUUCUGCCUGACAUUGCGAAACUGCAAAUCCCACGUUGCUAUUUCGGAAUGGCGAAUCCCCACUCGUAUAGCACAUUGCAAUGUCACGUUUUCACCGAUGCUAGCGAAAAUGGCUACGGCUGCGCAGUUUACUUUCGCAUUGUAGACAACUCGAAAGUUAAAUGCUCGUUGGUCAUGGCGAAAAGUAAGGUGGCCCCUCUAAAACACAUCUCCAUCCCACGAUUAGAAUUGGAGGCCGCUAUGUUGGGAGCUAGAAUGCUGAAAACGGUUCUCACAAACCAUUCGUUAACACCUCGCGAAAUUUACCUCUGGACAGAUUCAUCAACCGUGCUUUCGUGGAUUCGAUCGGAUCACAAAAAAUACAAGCAGUUUGUCGCCCAUCGCAUCGGCGAGAUUUAG